AUGGAACCACCGAGCCACGCGCGCCUUGUGGCCAUGCGCCUCCUGACCGCCUCUCACACUCCCGAGAAGCAACAGACAGCCAAGAAGGCGGCGCAGUUGUGUCUGUCCCCCACAGAUCCUAGCGAGGAUCCCAACAUGGCGAUGACCAUGGCCUCGCCCGUGCUCACAGGCAAGUCCGCUCCUGUCACGUCGCCCAAUCCGGCCAAGAAUCCGCUGCCAGGGCUGCAAUUCGCCAUCUCUGCGCAGCG